AUGCGACAAGUUAUCACCGAUGACUUUCUCGCACAACAAACAACCUCAUAUUCCCCCGAAUUUCCCCAACUUGCAGACUCCAAAGCUCCUAACCCUCCAGCCAGCGCCAAUUCUCGCAAAUCUAAGCAAUCAAGUUGGACCUACGCCAAGAAACCCUCAAUUGCCGCAGCCACCAUCAUCGCAACUGCAACGCUCUGCGCCAUCAUCUUUCUGCUAAUAUGGUACCUCAAAAGAAGAAGACAGCGACGAGCCAGGCGGCUCUUCGACAUUGAAAACCGCAACGAUGACCCAUUUAAACGAUCCAGUCUCUCCCUUACCGAAGGCACGAGUAAAACUCUCGACGAGUUCCUCUUGAAAGACGUCCACCCCGAGCGUACGUCCUUAAUGUUCAGCCGCAGCCGCUCCCCCUCGUUCACCUUCGUCGUCGACGAAAAUGAUCGCCGCAAUACAGCAAGACUAUAUCAUGGUAGUUACGAUGCAUCGUCAAAUAAUCUCAGCAAGCUCAGUUCCCUAACCAGGGUAUCAACAGACGGAACGCGACCCAGCAUGGUUCUCUCGGAUCUAAUCCCGAUGAUAUCGAACGUCUCCGGCCUUUCUGGCUCCAGUUGUGCUUGCGCCAGUCCCAGCUGUGCUUGUGUUUAUGGUUCUGUUUCUGGUUCUUCCAGCUCCACACAAGUACCAGCUCUCAUCACAGCCUCGCGUCUUUCCAGAGCUUCAACGGUCGCUCCGACGGUUCGAUCUUCGUUGUGGACGACUACGACUGCUUCAACGAGUUCGUCUUCCAGUGCGGAUAUCACACAGCAGUUGGGAUGUGAGCGGGAUUCUGUUAUUGCGAGGACUGCUCUGAGUCCUACGCUCGGUCCUACUCGGUCGUUGGCUGGUUCGCCUAUGCGGUGUAGUCCAUCUCGUGUACCCAGGGCUUCUUCGAGUCGGGUUUCGGUUUCCAGUCCUCAAUACUCUGGUGCGCGUGCUAUUGAGUUGGAGGAUUCGCUGAGGGUGCAUGCUAAGUAUCUUGAGCGGAGUACGUCGACAGUCGACUCGUUUGUUGAUUCUACUUGGAGUGCUUCCGGGCGUGCGUCACAGUUGCCGUCGAUUUUGUCAAUUUCGUCGCCUCAGUCGCCUGUGUUUCGGUUUUCGGAAAAUUCCGGUUGA